AUGCCUGCUGCCUCGCCACAGCCAUUAAGCAACUGCAGACUAGUUCCGCCACUAGCCCCCGCCACUAGUCCCCGCCACAGCCCUAAAGCAACAGGUGCCUUGUCCCCUAAAGCCCUAAAGCAACUGCUGAUAACUGUAGCAUUGUCCUCCACAACCCUUAAGCAGUCGAAGACUAGCCCCGCCACAUCCCUAAAGCAGCCAGAGACUAGUCCCGUCACAGCGGUAAAGCAACAACAGACUUGUCCUGCCACAGCCCUAAAGCAACCGCAGACUAGUUGCGCCACUAGCCCUGCCAAAGCACUAAAGCAACCACAGUCAAGCCUCGCCAUUGCACUAAAGCAACCGCAGACUAGUCCCGCCACAACCCUAAAGCAGUCACAGACUUGUCUUGCCACAACUCUUAGGCAACCGCAGACUUGUCCCGCCACAGCUCUAAAGCAACCGCAGACUAGUCCUGCCACAGCCCUAAAGCAACCUCCUAAAGCAUCCGCAGACGAGUUCUGCCACAGCCCUAAAGCAGCCACAGACACAGCACUAAAACAACCGCAGAUUUGUACCGCCAGAGCCAAAAUUCACCCGCAGAAUUGUCCCGCCACAGCCCCAAAGCAACCGCAGACUAGUCCCACCACAGCUCUAAAGCAACCGCAGACUAGCCCCGCCACAGCCCUAAAGCAACCGCAGACUUGUACCGCCAUAGCCCUAAAGCAGCCACAGACUAGUUCCGCCACAGCCAUAAAGCAACUGCAGACUUGUCCCGCCACAGCCCUAAAGCAACCACAGACUAGUCCCGCCACAGCCCUAAAGCAACCGCAGACUAGUCCCGCCACAGCCCUAAAGCAAGUGCAGACUAGUCCCGCAACAGCCCUUAAGCAACUGCAGACUAGCCCCGCCACAACCCUAAAGCAACCGCAGACUAGCCCCGCCACAGCCCUAAAGCACCCGCAGACUUGUCCCGCCACAUCCCAAAAGGCAACCGCAGACUAG